CGUUCGCAGCGCAUUGCAUAUAUAGAGGGAGGGAGCGAGCAAGCGACGGUGUCACAUGCGCGCCAUACCUGACCUUCCUUCCCCCAAUCAUCCCUUGAAAGCAACUGCGUGCGUGCAACAGAGACACACGCAGACACACACGUGGAUCGAUGCACACGCACAUGUACACGCGACUUCAAAAAGAGGCAGCAAUGGAAGCCGUUGGCAAGGAGCAAGCAAUGUGUGUCUCUCUCUCUGGUUGGCUGGCUGGCUGGCUGGCUGGCUGAUGGUGUGUGCAUGGAGGCAUGGAAAAAAUGACAGCGUGGAGCAUGCAGAGGGUGAGCAAUCGGACAAUUCACGUACGUAUAUGGGUGGACAUCGAUGCAUGCAAUCACGGUGAGAGAAGCGCCACGGCGGCCACGCGUGCAAGCGGGUGUAUCUCGCGAGAGACAAACGACGACACAUUGAUGCCGUCCGUCCGUCCAUCCAUCCACCGAUUUGUAUCGAUCACAUGAUGCUGCAUGCGACGGAUCCGUCUUCAUUGUAGAGCUGUUUCCCCUGCUUGGCCAGCUCCAUCUCCACCUGCUUCAGCAACUGCACACACAGUGGAUGGACACAGCCGGAUGGAGGGUUCAAAGAGGUACGUGAGGACGACGCGGCAGCCAAGGGUGGGUUGGUGUCUCUGUGUGUGACCUACCUGUUCCUUGUCGGCGAGUUGCUUCUGCAGGUCCCCCACGGCUUUCUCCUUCUCAUUCAACUCCUCCUCCUUCUCAUUCAACUGUUGCUGCAAGCAACAUGUGAAGAACAAUUUACGUGCAACAGAGUGCAAACAAGACAGUGAGUGGCGCAGAAGGCUGCAUGGCCGGCACCGGCGCACCACGCCCACCUGGAGGGCUUCGUCAUCGCGACCACCCUGCGUACACAGAACACAAGAAGAUAGAGCACAAAGAAUCCCAUUCCAUUCAUUCGUCCCCUCCUCCGCAUGUCCAUACCCUCAGAGUGGUCUUUCUUCUGCCGGGUCCCUUCCCGGCCCACUGAGACUCGCCCGACGGCUGCCUGCAAAACCGACAGACACCGACACAACGAGACAACGUUGGCUGAAGCGUGGGACGGGGUACGAUGCUCUGCUCUGUGUGUCAGUGGCUCGCCUUUCGAGUUCAGCUUGCUCGCCCACCGUCAUGCCAUAUACCUGACAGAAGGAGGAAGGAGCGUGUGUGUGAAGUUGCGCCAAGACAAGACACGCACACACGCACCUCAAAUACGAUAGCGCCGUCGAACCAGGGGAGGGUCUCCUCAUUCAGCGGCACGUAGAAAUUCUGCAUCAACCAACCAAAGAUUCUGAAUGGGCAUGCACCUGAAUAUAUGUGGAUGGUCGGUUACCCACCUUGACGUAUGAGAAUUUAGGCUGGGGUGAGACGACGUCUUUGAGCUUCUUGAUGGCAGGUGCCUCCCCCUCGUCGUCCUGAUCGGUCUUGACCAUGACCGACUGCCGUUCGGGCACCUGCGCCUUGUACUCGGACACACCAUCAAUCCACUUGUACACCUGAGGGAGUGUGUUGAUAGGAUGGAUGGAUGGAUGGACGGAUGGUUGAGUGGUGUGCCAGGCUGACCACUUGUGGGUUUCUGCAGUACUUCUCGUUGAGGUUUCUGGCGCUGUCGAGCCCGACAGUAAGCUUUAGUGUGCGGCCCAGCAGCUCGUCGACAGUGUCGUAGUCUGUCAGUGGAUUCUGACGCGCACAUGAGCGGACAGAGAACAAGUGCGUGCGUGACAAUAAUAUUCUCUUGUCAUGUCAUCUCACGUUUGCGAAGUCUUGUGCAGCGACUGUCCGCGCUGUGCCGAAGACCGCCUGGCUCUUCUUCUACCCGACACGAGACAGAGCAACAAGAGACACAGAGACAAGUUGAUAGGUCGACGCUGUGACGGCUUGCUGUCACACAUUUCUGACCUCUUCCUUUUCGAUUUCUGCGGGCGUCCAGUCCUCCUUGAGCAGCUCCAUCUUGAGCGCCACGAUGAGCUCGCCCUCCUUCUUGCCCCUGUGGCACACAUGCACGCGAUACGUGGACGAGAAACAACCAAGACACACAAGGAAGCAGACCAUGCAUACUCACUUAUAGUCGAAUAUGGGUGUGGUCUCCUUCUCGAUGUCGAGCAGGUUGCGAAUGGGGUCGAGAUACAGGUAGGCUUGGCCCAGCUGUGGAGACAGACAGACAGACAGACAGACAGACAGGCAGACAGACCGACAGACAGACAGACAGACCGACAGACAGACAUGCACGUGUCCAUCUCUGUGCGUUUGACUCAUUUACCAUGUGCAGUGUCUCUGGGUCGGAAGCGAAUGGGUCCUGGCCGCCCUCUAUCCCAAUCUGGGUCUCGUCGUCAGACAUCGACCAAGUCGAGUACAGCUGCACACCGAAUGCACGGACGCAUGGACAGCCGCCAACGAUUCAGAAGAGGGGCACACGAUUAUGCGUGUGUGUUCGCCGACCUCUCUUAUUUCAAACAUUUUCUCCUCAAACACAUCGAGUGGCCAGAACUGCACAAUGUCUUCGUCGAAACGCUCAACGCGAAUUUGUAUCUCCGUGUUCUGCAUCGCUGUCUGCAGCACACUCACACACAGGACGCACGCACGAGACGCAUCACAUCGUCCCCUCACCCGCACCGUCUACCCAUUUACCCUCUGCAGCUUCUUCUUUGCGACGUCCAUGGCGUCGGCGCGCGUGAUGAGCUUGAUCGAGAAGAACACUCCCUUGCCCAUCUCAUCUGCAGACAUACAUCGAGCCACCAGGUAUGAGAACAACACGACCAGGGGAGCAGGAAAACCGACCAGCGAUGCAGUUAGCUUCCUCGAGGAGCAUGAUGGUGCGGGUGAGGACCUCUUCCAGCACCAUCUUGGCGCGGAUCUCUGCCUCGGCCUGGCGCUUCUCUUCAUCCUGUCGACCCACAGACAGACAGACAGACAGACAGACACGGCCACGCAAGACAGUCAGUCCCACAGCGAGACACGUGUGUGGACGUGUCCUUCUGGCCUGUUCUCUGCCCAGUUCGACGAGCUUCUUCUCCAGCUCCCGCUUUUUCUUCUCAAUCUCCUUGUUCUGCUUCUCGCGCUCCUUCUGAAAGACACACAGAGCAGGUCUGAUGACACCAGCCGGCAGUCUGCAUCUACGGUAUGACUGAUUGACCUCCAGCUGCUCCUUCAACUUCUUGGCCUCCUCUUUGUUCUGAGAGAGAGAGAAAGAGAGAGAAGCAUCCCGCUCGCGCACUGUCUGUCUCUGUGUCCCUUUUGCUCUCUCUCUCGCGCACAUACCCCUUCUGACUUGAGUUUCUCUUCCUUCUCCUUGAUCUGUUUCUGCCACUCCUUCUUCUGCUUCUCGAGGGCCUUCUUCUCCUCCUCUAUCUUGCGCUCGGCCUCCUCUCGCUGCACCUCGAGCUUGGCAUGGAAGGCGCGCAUGGACAGGUCGGCCUCCUCGUCGCCCGCCAUGGCGCCGAUGAGGCUCUUGUUGACCUCCUUCAUGGCCUCCUCCCAGUCGGGCAUCGACUUGUCCACGUCGCUUGGGUCGAAAUACACAAACAGGUUGUGGUUGCCUGACAGAGACAGACAGACAUACAGACGGACGGACACCCAGAGAGACGUAGAGAGGUGGGCUGAGUGUCCUGGCGUGCGUCUUCCAUCUCACCGACCGAAAAGGAUUCUGUCUUUGUGAGAGAGUUCGACACUCUGUCCGGCCUCGACCAGUUUGCCGUUGACGUGGGUCUUGGCGCUGGCAGUGAUGUGGCAGAUAAACGUCUGACAGGAGGAGUGGACGCGAGCAGGCAGGCAGGCAGGGAUUCAUCCACCGGUCCGUCGAAGUUACCUCUUCGUCGUCAUCCUCGUCUUCCUUUUCCUUCUUGCAGGUGAUGGUCGCAUGGCACUUGGAAAUGCCCAACCCACCUGCACACACAUAUGCCCCAAACGAGGAAGGCAGCCGUCGAUCGCUCGAUCGAUAGAUGUUUGAAGGAGGAAGGGCAAGCACGAGCCCGUCGCACACACGGACGGCUGACCGAGCAUGAUGUCUGGGGGGUUCUCCUUGUCCUUCUUGCCCAGUACGUUGGUGCCCUCCUUCAAAUUGCACGACUGUUAGCACCAAACGCACGACAGACACAGACACAGACACAUUGAUCAGAAGGCUGGCUACUGCUACUGCACGACGGGCGAUCACGUAGGCAUCGAUCCUACGAUUUUGCCCGACAGCAGUGGGUCCUCGUUGAGGUUCUUGAGCAUGGGACACACCUGGCCGAUACACGUCAGGCAGCCACGUCAAUCGACCUCUAACUCUUCUCCCCUCUGCAGGACAAAUGACUGACCGCAUCGAUCUCUGCCUCCUGGGUGGCCAGGUCUCGCGCCUUGGCCUCCUGCACCUUCUGUGACCACGACUUGGACAUUUCCUCCAGCGCACGCUUGUUGGCCUCCAACUCUUCCUUCAUACGAGCGAUCUCCUCAGGGUCACCGGAAGGCUCGCCGCCACCAGGACCAGGCAGCACACCGCCUGAGAAUAGCGGACGAGAGGACCAUGGCUUGGAGGACGACUACGUAUGUGUGUGGAUGGGUAGGUGAGACCUCCUGCAAGUUUUUUGAGUCGUUCGUUCUCCUCCUUGAGCUCUCGGAUGAGCUUCUCCAUGGGAUUCUCGUUGACCUGCAGACACAGCCGAGGGCAACCACAUGGAUGCCAUGGCUUGGGCGGGGCGCAUUGGGUGACCUACCUGUGCGUCGUUUUUGAUUUGUUUGACACGAUCGGCGUAUCGGAGUGUGGAGAGGGUCUCGUCGUAGUUGACGCUCGCCGGAGACAGAGCGGCAAUCUGCACCGAACCACACCGAAAGACGAAGAAGGAGACAUGGUCGGUCAUCGGCCGACCCCGUUCCUCCCGUCUACCAUAGCUGUCUUGGAGUUGCCUCCGAGAGCUGUUUGCAGGAUACGAGUCAACGCAGAGUCACGAUAAGGAAUCACCUGGCCCGGCUUGAGUUUGCCCGCGGCUUUGUCGGCCAGAGCGGAAAUCACGUUACCCAACGCAGACAAGGACUGCACACACAGGUAACCAAGCAAAGCAGUACACACGACAUGCUGUGGCUUACCUUGUUGAUGUUGGCUCCCUCCUUGAGUCGAUCUCCUGAGGCGCCUGUAGAUCCGGCACGCUCCGAGCCCGCCAGAUCCACCAAGUUGAUGUCAGAGGCCUUCUGGCUCAACGCCUCCUGAGUAACACACAUGCACACACAAAGAGAGACAGACAGAGAUGGGCUGAUUGGUGGUGGUUGGGGAGGUUAGUAUGUGCCUGCAUGCCUUUGUGUCAGGGUCGAGAGAGAUCUGCUUGAACUUGAUGGUGAGGACGGUGUGAGCCCGGGACGAUGUCGCGUUCAUGAGUGUGGCCCCCACAGUACGAUUGCUCGUCCCCUCAUCCAGCUUCUUCGAAAUGGCGUCGUACGAAUCCACGGGGCUGCACAAACACACCCAUCCCAGCAAUGGCCUGCAGCCUCCCUCGUCCCUUCUCGUUUCUUUACUGUUCGGUGAGGUCCUGCACGUAGGUGCCGAGCUGUGGCGUGUGGCGGAUCUUGAGGCCGCCACUUUGCCUGAGGCUGGGCUUGACGAGCAGGUCCUGCACCUGCUCGUUGUAGAUCUCCAGCAUCGACACCAGCACCUCAGACUGCCAGUUGGGGUCCUAUGAGAAGAGACACACACACAUCCAUUCAUCCAUCCACAUACCUGGUGAACGGAUGGAUGUGCGCCUUGCGGACCUUGUUCUUCUUGAUACGGUCGAAGAUUUCUUCGCAAGUCCGCACGACGAUGCCUUUGUUGGCGCCGUAGCCCACCAUAGAGUAGCUCUUGCCGGAGCCCGUCUGGCCGCUGCGUGUGAGGACAACCGUCCGUCGGACACAUCCAUUCAUCCCAUCAAGGGAGUGUUAGAGGGCUUACUAAGCGAACAAACAUGCGUUGUAUCCCUCGAAGGCAUUGUCUGGAGGAGACACAGCCGAGAAAGACCACAUCCCUCCAUCCCUCCACUCGCUUCCUGUGUCCCUCCCUCAUGGCAUGUGUCUCCCUCCCUCUCCUGCUUACUGAGCACCUCCACGCCAAUCUCGCUGUAGACUUUAUGCUGAUCGGCAUACUUGGGGUUCACAGGGAAGGAGUACCUGAAGUCAGCACAGCCCGCCAUCAUUAUCAUCGCCUGCCAUCCAUUCUCUCAUAGAUGGCGCCAUCAAGUGACCCGUUCUCGUCGGUCUCGAAGCCGUCAUGGGACCAGUAGGAGUAGUCGAAGGCGAACUUGCGCUCGCCGCCCCUUCCGCCCUCUUCCUCGAGGUUUCUGAUGACGGUGUUCUUGCCCUGCAUGUCGAUGCACAGCUGGGCGCCCAU